GGCCGAAAACCCCCAGUCCUCAAUCAUCUAAGCCACCAAAAUCAAAAUAUUCCCAACGCAAAACCUAAAGCUUAAAGCCAUAAACCCUCACCAAGCGACUGUUUUCUCCUUCAUAUCCCCAAAACCCAAAAACCCUAUACUUAAUAGGGCGAUGUCGUAAAACCCUACAUACCAGUCCGAACCCGAACCCGAAACCAAGGCGACCACCAUGAACUCCUUCACCAACACCACCAACUUCGACAACCUCAUGCUCCAAACCCUCAUGGGCAGGCUCCAAAUCCGACCCCCAACGAACAACUCCUUCCUCUCGCAAACCCUCGAAGAACUUCUCUUCGACGCCGCCAAUCUCUCUGGCGAUGAAGACGAUGACGACGAGAACAAGACCCAGCUCGCCAAAGAAGAAUCCAAGCUCGAGAAGGACAUCAUCCGGGUCAUUCUCAGCGGCAAGACGGAUUCCCUCAAACCCAAUUCGGGUCAGGCGGUGACGAUUGGGGAGCAUCACAUUUGUGUCGGGUUUCAUGAGGAAACGGGUUCGGAUUAUCGGGUCUGGGAGUGGCAUGGGCAUAUCAUGCUCUUCGAUGAAGAAAAUGGAUACACUCCAGAGUAUAUAUAUGGGAAUUACUUUGAGAGACUGAUUGGCAAGGCUCGUACUGGCAGUAGUGGUGUUCGUGUUGAGGAGGAGGCUAAGGAGGAAGAGGAGGACAAAGAGCAGGUGGGAAAUUUGGGGCUCAGGGAAUUGAUUGAUGGUGGGGAUUCGGGUCAGGGUCGGAUUCUUCAUCGGAAUAUCAAUGCUGGUUCUUCAAGGGUUUAGUGGAGAUCAAAGAUUUGGUUUGCAUAAGAAGUAUUAAAGAAGGAGCUGGCAAUGAUCUUCUCAUUUCAUUGUUUACUUGGGGUGGGAGAUCAAGGCUACUUCAAUUUAACAUGGUAUUUGUAUGCAGUUUUCUGUUAGCUUUUGUUUGACUUUCCAAUACGUUGGACAGUACAGAAGAGGAAGAAGAUAUGUUUUGUGAGACUUCAUUAUGUUAAAGUAGUUUUGGAUUAGCUUAUCAAUGGACGAAAUCCAUCUUUGAUAUUACUUGGUUGUAAAUUUUAGUUUUGCCUCAGCGGCUUGGCUUGUGGUUAAAACGAAGGGUCCAAUUUUGGGCCAUUGGCGAUCAUUUUCAUCGAAA